CAGGGGCACUGAGGCCUGGGAGGAAGGCAGAGGUGGACACAGAUCUCUCUAACCCUUAGGGGUCAAAAAAGGAGAGGCUCAGAAGAGGAUUGCAGGGAGAGCUGUGCAGAAGUGGUCACGACAGCUAAGGCUCUGGGGGAUGUGUAGGAGUUUGGUGUCAACUAGGAGGGAAAGGCAGAGGAAUGUCCCGUGUGCAGGCUGAGAAACACGGAAAUGGAGAAUGCACUGGGGCAGGCCAUGGCGUGGGGUACACGAGGUGUGUGAGGAUGAAGGCAUCCCGAGGGCCAUGGGGAGGCACAGAUGGUGUUAGAGCAGGACAGGUGGGGGCAGAUCUGUAUUUUGGAAUGACUUGGACUGGAGGUUGGCUGAGGUCUGGGCGGGGAGAGGUUCUGGAGCGGCAAAAGCCUGGACAGGGACAUCAAACGGCUGGAGGUGCUGGGAGUGAGCUGCCUGUGGGAUGGCAGUUCCGUUUUCUCCUCCACGCGGUGCUGACAGCCCAACUUCCUGCCGAGCUAUUUUCAUCUGCUUCCUGUUUGUCCCUGGCAGCCCGGGCGGGCGGGCACCUCGUGUGCUGCUUCCAGCGCCCACCGGCUGCUCCCGGAAACCUCAGUGCCAGGGUCGGGCCAGCACCCCCCCCAGCCACCCGUUUUACAGAUGAUGAGACCAAGUCCCUCAUGGGGCGCUGAGCCCCAGCUCACCUGGCCGUGCCCCCAGCCAGGGUUGGACCAAUGCGCCUUCCAGGCGCUACUGCCGGGCCGGCCCUGCUGGGAGGGGUGGGAGCCCUUGAGGUUAUCUGGUCCCAGGGCUGGGGCCAGAGCUGGUUUCCUGGGGAAACUCUAAUCUCUGUUCCUUUCCGAGCCUGUCGCUUCCUUGGAGGCCCGGCCUGGGCGGGGCUCUGCCCACAGGCCACCUUUGCAAGGUCGGAACUGGGCCGGCCUUGGUGGGGCCUCUUUCCUGAGCCUCGAGGGCCACCUGGGCCCCGGGAAGCCCUGGUUCCCAAAGGGUCUGGGUUCGAGUCUUGAAGCCGCCCCUGCCCCACUGUGAGACUCUGCCAGGGCCCCUUUCCUCUUUAGAUCUCAGAUGACUGGUCUGUAAAACACCCCCGCAGGGGUGCUGAGACUAACCAGGUGUCCAAAGCAUAUUGUCAUUGCUACAGGGCCCACCCUGCACCUUGGGGACCCCCCCCACCCGCAGGCAGCCUAGGAGGCAUGGGAGGCAGGGGCGCAGGUGGACAAGACCAGGUAGCUGCGGUCCCUUCACCCCCUUCCCGGGGCCUCUUUGCACCCCGGGCUUGGGCUCUGGGCCUCAGUUUCCCCACCCUCCCUCAACCUGUGGCACCUGGAAUCGCGCAGCCUCAGGUUUGGACCCCUGCGCCGCACGCUGUGGGGGAGCCAAGGACCCUGGCCAGGGCGAUCGGGACGCCGGGGCGGGGUUUUCCUCGGCGGAGGCGGGGCCUGCAGACCGGCCCGAGCCGGUUUGGUCGCUAGCUGGCCACCAGAGACCCCCAACAGGCAGUCGCCUGGUCCCACGAGUUCAUGGUCUCCACAUCCCGACGGCCGCACCAUGUGUAUCUGCGGGACGGUGCACUCGGCGCUGGACGAGGGCCCGGUGCGCUGCCGCGCGGGGACCCGAGAACUCCUUGAGGCCCGCCGGCCACUGGCCCACGAGUGCCUGGGCGAGGCCCUCCGUGUAAUGCGCCAGGUCAUCUCCAAGUACCCGCUGCUGAACACCGUGGAGACGCUCACGGCUGCUGGCACCCUCAUUGCCAAGGUCAAAGCCUUCCAUUACGAGAGCAACAAUGAGUCAGACAAGAGGGAGUUCGAGAAGGCGCUGGAGACGAUUGCCGUGUCCUUCAGCAGCACUGUAUCCGAGUUCCUCAUGGGCGAAGUGGACAGCAGCACCCUCCUGGCAGUGCCUCCGGGGGACCCCGGCCAGUCGGUGGACAGCCUGUACGGACAGGGCGGCGAGGGCGCCGCUCCCAGCGCUGAGGACUGCGACGCGGGCUGCCUGCCCCCCGAGGAGGUGGACAUGUUGCUGCAGCGGUGUGAAGGAGGCGUGGACGCCGCGCUGCAGUACGCCAAGAACAUGGCCAAGUACAUGAAGGACCUCAUAGGCUACCUGGAGAAGCGGACCGCGCUGGAGAUGGAGUUUGCCAAAGGCUUGCAGAAGAUCGUGCACAACUGCAGACAGAGCGUCAUGCAGGAGCCACACAUGCCGCUCCUGUCCAUCUACUCGCUGGCCCUGGAGCAGGACCUGGAGUUUGGCCACAGCAUGGUGCAGGCGGUGGGCACGCUGCAGACCCAGACUUUCAUGCAGCCCCUGACCCUGCGGAGGCUUGAGCACGAGAAGCGCAGGAAGGAGAUCAAAGAGUCCUGGCACCGCGCCCAGAGGAAGCUGCAAGAGGCAGAGUCCAACCUGCGCAAGGCCAAGCAGGGCUACGUCCAGCGCUGCGAGGACCACGACAAGGCCCGCUUGCUCGUGGCCAAGGCGGAGGAGGAACAGGCAGGCGCCGCGCCUGGAACGGGGAGUACAGCCUCCAAGACCCUGGACAAGCGGCGGCGGCUGGAGGAGGAAGCCAAGAACAAGGCGGAGGAGGCCAUGGCCACGUACCGCACGUGCGUGGCAGAUGCGAAGACGCAGAAGCAGGAGCUGGAAGACACCAAGGUGACCGCAUUACGGCAGCUCCAGGAGGUCGUCCGGCAGAGCGACCAGACCAUCAAGUCGGCCACCAUCUCCUACUACCAGAUGAUGCACAUGCAGACGGCCCCGCUGCCCGUGCACUUCCAGAUGCUGUGCGAGAGCAGCAAGCUCUACGACCCGGGCCAGCAGUACGCCUCCCACGUGCGCCAGCUGCAGCGCGGGGAGGAGCCCGACGUGCACUAUGACUUUGAACCCCACGUCUCUGCCAACACCUGGUCCCCGGUCAUGCGUGCCCGGAAGGGCAGCUUCAACGUUGGCGACACUGCAGGGGCCGACACCGCCAGCAGCCCCCCAGAGGAAGGUGGCUCCCAGGAGGGGACACUUGCCAAGGAUCGCAGGGGUGGGCGGGGACACCAGGUGCACAAGUCGUGGCCAAUCUCGAUCUCAGACUCGGGCGCCCUGGACCCCAGCGCCAGCUCAGGGGACUUUAAGAAGUUUGAGCGCACAUCCUCCAGUGGCACCAUGUCAUCCAACGAGGAGCUGGCGGACCAGGAGGGUGGUGCAGGGGCUUCAGCCUUUGAGCAGGAUGACCUCAACAGCAUGGCCCCUGAGCUGCCCGCCAUGCCCAGUGGGCCCUUCCGCCACGUGGGGCUGUCCAAGGCUGCCCGCACCCACCGGCUCCGGAAGCUCCGGACGCCCGCCAAGUGCCGGGAGUGCAACAGCUACGUCUACUUCCAGGGUGCCGAGUGCGAGGAGUGCUGCCUGGCCUGCCACAAGAAGUGCCUGGAGACCCUGGCCAUCCAGUGCGGCCACAAGAAGCUGCAGGGCCGCCUGCAGCUCUUCGGCCAGGACUUCAGCCGGGCGGCACGCGGCACCCCCGACGGCGUGCCCUUCCUGGUCAAGAAGUGCGUCUGUGAGAUCGAGCGGCGGGCGCUGCGCACCAAGGGCAUCUACCGGGUCAACGGGGUGAAGACGCGCGUGGAGAAGCUGUGCCAGGCCUUUGAGAAUGGCAAGGAGCUGGUGGAGCUGUCGCAAGCCCCACCCCACGACAUCAGCAAUGUCCUCAAGCUCUACCUGCGCCAGCUGCCCGAGCCGCUCAUCUCCUUCCGCCUCUACCAUGAGCUCGUGGGGCUGGCCAAGGACAGCCUGAAGGCGGAGGCCGAGGCCAAGGCGGCCUCCCGGGGGCGGCAGGACAGCUCGGAGAGCGAGGCGGCGGCCUUGGCUAUGGUGGGCCGGCUGCGGGAGCUCCUGCGGGACCUGCCACCUGAGAACCUGGCCACGCUACAGUACCUGCUGCGGCACCUGCGCAGGAUCGUGGAGGUGGAGCAGGACAACAAGAUGACCCCGGGAAACCUGGGCAUUGUGUUUGGGCCCACCCUGCUGCGGCCGCGGCCCACCGAGGCCACUGUCUCCCUCUCCUCGCUGGUGGACUACCCCCACCAGGCCCGCAUCAUCGAGACGCUCAUCGUCCACUACGGCCUGGUCUUCGAGGAGGAACCAGAGGAGGCACCUGAUGGCCAGGGCGGGUCCUCUGUCCAGCAGGCUGAAGUAGUUGUCCAGGUGCCAUACCCGGAGGCGGGCGAGGGGGCUGCCUACCCCCUGCUGGAGGAGGUGGAGGACAGGGGAGAAGAAUCCCGCGUUGCGUCCAAUGACUCGGACUCGGAGCUGGAGGAGGCCUCUGACCUGCUGUCGUCGUCAGGCGUCAGCACCCUGCGCCACUUCAACUUCCUGGAGAAGCAGGAGUCUGAGGCCAGCUUGGAGGAGGGUCCCCGCAGCGGCAGCGGCAGCGAGGAGCAACUGGAGACUGCAGCCAGGGAGGACGGGGAUGAAGAUGAGGACAGCCCGGCCCCGCAGCUCUCCGCGUACAACACCAACCAGUCCAACAACGUGGCGUGGGGCCGGCUGCCCACCGUGAGACUCCAGGGCAGACGGAUCGCGCUGGGCACCUGCGGAGAGAGGCAGCCAGAGUUCGUCUGAGCUGUGGCGCGGCGGGGCCCACGCCCAGCUUCUCCCCUGCCGGCUCCAGCCCCUCUGGGGCGUCCCUGGCCCAGGGCACAGCUUGGUCACGCUGUCCGGUGGUCGCUGCAAGCACCUGGACUUGGAGAGUCCCGCCAGCACGCGGUCUCCUCCCUGCAGCCCACACAGCAGGGGGCAGUGCUGGCCACCUCCUCUCAGGAGCGUCCAGGAGCAUGAGGGCCAGCGAAGCUACGGGGACCCAGCACACCCCUCCGUGCCCCAGAGCUGAGCUGGAGGAACUCUGCUCUCUCGUCCAGUCGCCCGGCCUUCCUAUGAGCACCCACAGGGCUGCGUGGGCGGAGGAACCUGUCCCUGCUCGGCGCACCCCACUGCCCCAGGGCCUGGUCAUCACAGGGGCAGCAGGCCUGGCCCUGCAUGGGGGUGGAGGCCCGCCUUUGGUGCGGCUUCCUGGGUUGCAGGAUGGCUAGGCCCGCACAGUGGCCUCGGGAUGCCAUCGCUUUUUCAGAAAACCAGUCUUGGACACCUGGGGUUUAGGUACGUGGUGAAGUCGCUUACGGGUCACAUGUAGUUCUUUUGACAUGCACAUUUAUUUUGCUUAAAAUAAAGUUUUUAAUCUGGUCUGUU